CAGAAGGGAAAAUCACACUUGCGAACGAAGCUUUCUUCCCGCGCUCAUCCCCCCAACUUUCCAUCACGCUCCCCCCCCCGUGAACCCCCCGCUGCUUUCUGUUCAGGACAGCUCUUCCUACGCAGAAUAACACACGGUUGAAAACCGGCUCUUCCCCUUUGUCAAAGUGGGCCUGAGCGGAAGCAUGCCGCCGUUUGAUUUACUAAACACCCCGGUGCAAGAAACUGUCCGUCUAGUUUCUACUCACCUCAGCCGGUUGGCCACAGCAAACGAUGGAGUUCCAGGAAGGCAACAUCUCACCCGGUUCCACGCUCGCACGAUUCCUAGCAUCGACAUCCUUGGAUAUGCCUCUCGGAUUCUCAAGUAUGCUCCGUGUGGGAACGAAUGCUUCCUGGCGGUGCUGAUAUACCUGGAGCGGAUGGGAGACCCGUCGCGUCGAAUUCUGACUGCCGGGUUUCGUGGUCGCUCAAUAUGUGAAGAAAAGAUUGCGGAAGAACAGAGAAGGCGACCUGUCCCACCCAUGGAUGUCGUGGUCGUUGACUCGUACAAUGUGCAUAGGCUCAUGAUUGCUGGAAUUAUGGUUGCUGUGAAGUUUCUGAGUGAUGUUUUCUUCACGAACCUGCACAUGUCACGGGUCGGCGGCCUUCCCGUUCACGAGCUGAAUCAACUGGAAGUGGAAUUCUUGAUGUUGAACGACUUCAAUUUGAGCGUCGGCAUCGAGGAACUCCAGUACUGUGGCGAUCGACUAUUAGAGGUUGUGAACUCUCCGGACACCGUUGAUCGCAUCCUCAUUGACCGGCAAAACUCAUCGGUUCCUGGCGACCGUAGAGAUGACACACGCCCCAGUCCACCGAGACCGGGUCAGCAUUCGCAAUCGUCAGUAUUUCCAACAACGCCUGACAGACCAAAGAAUGCGGACAGUGUUCAUACUGACCGGAGCAUGAGUGGUCCCCAUCAUGUGCCUGGAAAAGGCAUUGUUCCUCCUCCUGCGGAGAAUGUUUAUUCAGUCGCCCUUCCCCGCGGCCAUCCUCUGGCCCCUAACGUCCCGUACGAGUUUGCGCCCCGUGAGUCUGAGUAUAGUCAGCAACGGGUGGGUCCUGCAUUCCCCGAACAACACUUUUCAUCUCCGCCACCUUGUCUCGAACCCCGUUACAUUGCCGAGCCCCUGUCUUCAUCUUUGCCGUUUGACUUUCGCGAUAGUUUUUCGCCUCCCCCUCUGUCCGCCUGCAUAUCCAUGAAACGCGGCGCAUCUUGGCAUUCGUCCAGUGCCUCAGUGUGCUCAACAGGAGAUACACUGGGAUAUCGCCGCAGUACUGGCCAUUAUUCCCAUCUUCAAUCAUCACCACGUCAUUUUCAUCCAUACGGUCGCUCAUCUUACAAAUCUCGUCACGAUAGCUCACCACGACUACAUGCACGUUCACCUCGGUGGAAUGCACCUUCUCCUACCCCGUCCCGUAACAGCAUGCUGACUGGGUCAGUUACAUAUCAAUCACCGCCAUACUCUCCGCCCAACGCUCCGAUUCCCCAGAAACCCCGUCAUCUUGUGCUUCCUGAUAUACGCACUUACAUUCCUCACGAACAAAGAUUUCCGCCGGCGAUAAGUACAUAUUCCCGCGGUCAUACCCACCCAUCGCAAAGUGAUCAUCUUCCACUCUCGUCGCCCGCACGUUUGGAUCUACCUGCUUCCUACGAACAAAAUGCUGCUCGUGAGCCAUUGAUUCGAGUACUACGAUCUGCCUUUGAAGAAGAGAGCGAAUGGUGAUCGUGAUGAGAGAUCCCUCGCGUUCUCUUGCGGUCGUCAAAUUUCUUCCAUGUUUUUUGUUUUUUUUUGGAAAUACUUUCAUUUAUUUGGAUCAAGACAUAGCAGCACUGGUAUUUGGCAGAUGAUACUGAGUUGAUUGACAAGAUGUAAAUAAUCACCCUCAAUAUAAAAAGUAAUGAUGUGUGUAAAAGUCUAUAAUUG